AUGGCCGACCAUGAACACGCAACAAUCAAGCACCAGGACCAUCUUCUCCUCGAUCAACCCCUCCUCCGUCUUCCUUACGAACUACUUCGCAAGAAUUUUCGCUCCGCCCACUUCACAGUCGAAAAGGAAUCAACGGCAAUCAAAUCGCUUCUGAAAGAAACCGCCACGGCCUCUGUCAACGGCCGCGCCUCUCCCGAUGACGUCCUAAAAAACCUUGAUACGAUGAUUGCCCGUAUGCGCGGUGUCAAACGCAAGCUCACUGCCCAUGCGGAUGAGGAGGCUCGCCUCACCCGUCAGGCCGGCGCCCGCAUUUCCCACCUUGGCGAUCUAUACGGCAUGCACUCUGUCGACGACGUCAAAUAUGAGGCAUGGAGCCGUGCCAGACUAGACAGGCUACUCGUUGAUUACCUCCUGCGGCACGGAUACAACGAAUCAGCUAAAGCAUUAACGGCUGAGCGCGGGAUGGAUGACCUCGUCGACGUCGAGACUUUCGUGCAGAUGAGUCGGAUCCAGGAGGCGCUGAGAGGUGGAAGCGUCGCUGAGGCGUUGGCUUGGUGCCAGGAUAACAAGAAGGAAUUGAGGAAGAUGGAUAGCAACCUCGAAUUUAUGCUUCGCUUCCAACAAUACAUCGAGCUCGUUCGCACCCAAUCCCAGCCCAAACUCCUCGAAGCCAUAGCACACGCGAAGAAGUAUCUUGUCCCUUUCAAAGCAACCUACCCUGAUGAGCUCCGCAAAGCUUUCGGACUCCUCGCCUACCCUCCCAACGCCGCCAACGCCGCCUACUCAGAUCUUUACAGUCAACAACGGUGGAACAACCUUGCUGAUCUCUUUACUCGCACCCACAACUCCCUCCUCUCCCUCCCUUCCUUCCCACUCCUCCAUAUCGCCCUAUCUUCGGGAUUGUCCGCACUGAAAACACCGGCUUGCCACUCCGCAAACUCGUCUCACGUCGCCCCCUCGGACGCCAACACCGCAACGAACGUAUCCGCGACGGCAGGUACGCAGUCUGUCUGCCCCAUCUGCUCCACGGAACUGAACGACCUCGCCCGGAAUGUUCCCUACGCACACCACACCAAAAGUUACGUCGAGCACGAUUUGCUGCUACUGCCCAAUAGCCGCGCAUAUGGCAAGGAGCGCCUCGAGGACCAUGCCAAGAAGUCGGGACUGCCACCAGACCAGGUUAAGGACCUGCGGACUGGGGAGGUGUAUUCCAUGGACAAGCUCAAGAAAGUUUUCAUUACAUGA